UGAACAAACGAGGGCGCUGUUCAAAAUGUAAGAUGGCAGCGCCCAUGUGCAUGAGCGGAUUCAGGUGAGCGUUGCACGGCCGGGCCGGGUGAGGAAUGUUAAGGGUAAGAAGAUUUCUAAGCACCUCGACCAAGAUCUUUCAGCAGAGGAACGUGGUACCUUAUUGUAACAUGGAAAGUAGAGAGAGUCCAGUUCCUUCCAGACAAGGCCAUGCAUCACUGGCGGACUGCAAGUCAGAAGAAACUAGUGCCACCAAUGACCAGGAUAUCCUUGGCUCACCUAUUGGAUUCAUUCAGUCGUGUUUCAAGAGUAAGAAUGGAACGCCCCGGCAGCCAUCAGUCUGUGCGUUUUCAAGAGCAAAGCUGACAGUGUUGAAGGAAGUCUUCCCCAAUCCGGAACAUUCCAUUCAGGGUUUAGGUCAAUUUUCCCAUGUAUGGAUAUUGUUCAUCUUCCACAAGAAUGGCGAUCGGAAGUUCACCAAGGCCAAAGUCAAGCCGCCUCGUUUGGAUGGAGCCAAGGUUGGGGUAUUUGCGAGUCGCAGUCCGCAUCGACCCAAUCCUAUCGGCCUGACCUUAGCCAAGCUGGAUAGAAUUCAAGGCAGUACCUUGCAUCUGUCCGGUGUUGAUAUCAUCGAUGGCACACCAGUUCUUGACAUCAAGCCAUAUGUGCCAUCCUAUGAUAAUCCUGAUUGUAUUCAACAUGGUCGGUCGUCGUUUAUUAACUCUGGUUGUGUGCCCGAUAAUUCUGAAGCAACUCCCAAGGAUGAAUUAUUAAGGGAUAGUCAGGGUGAUACUAAGGAGGCAGUGUCUACAGAAGGAAGAGAAGUGGCUGGACAAAACCUGUCGGUGUGCAGUCAAGGAUCAACCAAGAAUCGGAAACGAGUUGUGCCAAACACUCAAGACAGACUGAAUGAGUCGGCAGGGUCCAGUGUGACCUCAGACGGCAAGGCCCACAGGCAAAUAUCAGCAAGUGCUAACACUGGAGGGGAGAGGGACAAUGAAUAUUCACAAGGUUCAGAGGUCGGAGUAGCUGAUUGGAUCCACUGUCCACCAAUUAGGACGCUGGAUGUUAGGUUCACUGCACAUGCGGAAGCAGAACUGGGGAAGUUCAAGAAAGAAAGUAGUGAUCCAAAUUUCCAGCUAGAAUUCCUUCUGGACCAGCAAGAGGCUAAGCAAGCCAUCUGCAAGAUUCUGGAGGCUGACCCGAGAUCAACCUACCGUCGGAAUAACUGUCAGGACCGGCUGUACUUCUUCACGGUUGACACGCUUCACGUGACCUGCUGGUUCGGCAGUGACUUUGUGGAAGUGGUACGUGUUCAACCUGUCAGCUCUGCUGAUAUCCCAUGAUCUGGCAAAAUUGGAAUCUCACGGACCAGAAUUUCUAUCAGAUGUCGCCUCCAUAUCCCCCGUUUUGGAUUUGGGACUUCUUUAUCUUGUUGACUGUUCAUUUUUUCCCCCAGAACUUAAUAAACCAUGAUCGAGUGAUAUUUUUUUCAUGGGCUGUGUUGUUGU